GCAGUUCAAUCUACACGUUAUAAAGGUCAUGUAACGUAGAUUGACUCACGCGUCGUGGCUUUCCGACGAACACGUUGGAAGCGGACACGUUGGCUUGAUACUGUACAACUACCAAUGAGAUAAGAAUCCUCUUUCGAACCGGCCAAUCGACAGUUGAUCGCCGGAUCAUAGUGUAUCUUCGCGCCAAACACGAGUGAUCUGCCCAGUGAAAAAUUAUCUUCAUUCCGUGUGUAUUCUCGACGAAUUUACAUCGUUCCAAUCGUUCUUACCUCGAGGUACGUUCGAUCAUAUUCGACGUGUGUAUAAUCUGGAUUUCGGGUGGUCGAUCUCCUCAAUCGAAUCGCACAAUCAAUCAGGAUGUGGAUGACACUCGUGAACGGCCUUCAGGCUGUGGCAUCUGCAGCUGCGAACGAUGCGGUCGAAGAUGUAUCGGAAGAAACUGUCGAUGCAGCUGCAGUUCCUGACGCGUUACCAGAGUUCGACGGAAAAGUUCCGUCGCCGCAACAACUUCUCGAGAUACUCGAAUCGAUGACCGGCUUAUCGGACGAAGAAAAGAAUUCUCUCAAGAUGGACUUGCUGAGAAAUAUACAAGAGAAUACCGAGCAAGGCAAUGAUCUAACAAUGCAGACUGUGAUCCUCUUGUCCCUGCUGAGUAUUGUCGGGCUUAUUUUCGUUUUCUUCGUCUACAAGCUGUUCAAAUGCCUGACGGAAAGAGAGAUGAAAAGGGAGGAGAAGAAGAAGCAAAAACAACUGAAGAAGAAAAAGUAAUGUGAACGAACGUCGCGGGAGGUGGUCACGUGGUCGAGAGUGCGGUGCAAGAAAAAUCUACUGUGCAACGUGUCCCGAGCGACAGCAUGGACACACGUUGCGUUGUUUCGAGGAUAACCUGUCGUAUCCGAUUGUAUGAUACAGGACGAUCCACAUUUUAUUAAGGCGUGUUCUAUUUUGUUAAAUAAAAGAAUAUAUUUAUGAGUAAA